UCCCGUAGUUGACGUGUCUACCCGCAACUAAGUAUUAUCACAAAAAACAAUACCUUUUCCCGGGUAAGAUUCACGAGAGUGCACGUUAAACGUGUGACGCAAGACUAUGCAAGUAGGCACCAGUUGAAAGAUGAACGAUUUUGCGGCCUCGUAUUCGCGAGUUGAGGAAAUUGUCAAGGCAUGUCAGUCCAUUCGAGAAAGCCUGGUGUGCAGGGUGUGCCUAGAACUGUUUGACGAGCCUGUUACAAUAAAGUGUGGUCAUAAGUUUUGUAAAAGUUGUAUUUUGCAAGUUGCGAGUUCCGAGAAUGCAGCCUGCCCUUUUUGUAAUUUGAAGAUUCAAAAGAGAUCCAUCCCCAGAGAUGGUAACGGCAUUUUAAAAUCUUGCGUCAAUAAGUAUAAGGCUUUGGUAGAAGCUAUUCUGGAUGACUCUGGGAUUGAUGUGACACAACCAAUUGACAACAAAGUCAAGCAUACGAAAGAAAGUGUUGAAGUCAAUGAAAACUUGGAUACUUCAAGGUUUGAAGUAGCUUCAGUUGCUUCUUUUAGUGGCGUAUCAUUGGCGAAUCAAACAAUCAGGUCGAAAGUUCUGUCAAGUAAUGUUUCGAGAAAUAAAUCAAGCCGCCUCAGUUUGCGCAAACCAAAGCAAAUAAGCAAUAACUUGCUGAAAACACCCAGUUCUAAGAAUAAUAAUAUACGAAGAUAUUUGGAAAACAGUGUGACCAAGCCUCAUGAAGUACAGUCCGAUGAAAAGGUCACAAAUUGGUUGAAAAAUUUGACACCUGAAGUAAAUGUCAGUCCAACCAGAGAGUCUGAUUGUAGUGAUGUGACCACAAGCUCGAAAAAAAAUAAAGUGCCAUCUGCUGAAAAUUCUCCUUGCAUGUCAUUAAAAGGUGAUCAGCAAGCAAUAUUUCCAAAGACUUAUCCUAGCGCGAGAAAAAAUAAAUCUGUUUCUUCUCAAUCUGAAGCUAAAAAUAGUUUCUCUCAGAGUACAGAGGUAAAAGCAGAUGAUGCUGAUGAGUCACACUUUAAGGAGACGCAGGUGAGAUUGCAGGAAGCUGAGAUAAUGGCUAAGAAAAAGAAGUUGGUUCAGACCGGGUCUGAAAAUCUGUUGAAAACUCCAAGUUCUAUUCCUGCAAUGUUUCAUUCUGAUGCUGGCGACUGGAGAAGAGUUAAGAAAGUUGGUAAAGAGAUGCAAGUAAAAACAUUCAAAUCUCUGCAUGUUAGUGUCGAAAAAAAUUCACCACCUGCCACUAUGGAUGAAAGUGAGCCUAGUUACUUGGGCACUGUUGAUGGCAAAAAUAAUUUGAAAGAUUCUGAUGCUAAAAGUACAUCACAUGAUCCAGCUACAUUAGAGACAAAAAAAAACAUAAAAUCAACUGAUGUUUACGUAGGUAAAGACAGCUCCUUAAACGUCAAACAAAACUCUGAACAGGUGUCGAUGGAUUCGACACCUAUGUUGCAAGAAGAAAAUGUUACUGACUCUUGCACAAACGGAAAUAAAAUUGAAAACGUUACAAAAAGAAGAACUAAAACCGAUUCAAAACUUUCGUUAAGAAUCCAAAAUGUAUCCCGCGCCACGAAUCCAGAUAGUUCAUCAAGUUUACAUAAUGCAAGAGCAGAUGAGGAUGAUCAAGAAAAUGGAGAUUUUGAUGCUGAACCAGUAAAUGCGAAAUCUACCAUUGAUUCAAAUCCUCCAUUAAAGCGCAAGAUAUCUUUAAGGUUAAAAACCAAUGACGAUACAAAAUCAACUCCUCCAAAAACAUCAGUGAAGCAAUUCAGUAUUUCACCACCGAUUCCUGCUACUCCAGAAAAACCUAGAAGUAAACUGUCUCUUCGAGUGUCUGGUAGAACCAGUGAAAGCUCAGUGAAUAAGAGCAAAAUUCAAACGACCGUUAAAACACCUGUACAAAGUCCUGUAAAAUCACCGGUGAUUAUAUCUUCCAUAGAGUCGCGCGUGAAAACUCCCGAGAAACCAGCUGCAUCUCCGAAAAAUAAUAACAUCAACUUUAGUCGAUCGUCGAAUUUGUCAACCAGGCGACAUGUUGUCUUUAAAAAAUUGGGAAGAAUUAGUAAAAAACGGAAUCCAAUACCAUUCUUGUAUCUUGGAAAAAUAAAACCUAAGGAAAAAGCAAUAACCUGUGACCCGAAUCAGUGCCCACCUGGCCUAUACAUCAAAAGUGUCGUCAGCGUGGGUAGCACCGGAUACAAGAAAAACGGGGACCAACGAAAAUCGACCGCACCCUACCAAGACGUGAAAAUGCUGUCGCCGGAAAAGGAUUCGCAGCUGAAAUUCUUGAAUCUUGACUCUCCUAAUCUUCAAGCAAAAGCUGAUAAAAUCGUCAAAUCGAACUUGUUACUGGAUUCUGAACAAAAUAAAAUCGGCAAGACAGCAUCCGAGGUUAUACAAACUCCGAAAAAAAAUCGGUCUUCCAGGCGCCAGUUGGACAUGGACAAAGAGGUAGCAAAGAGCUACGAGAUUUCAAAACAUCGAGAAUCGGAAGACGACAACAAAAGCUACGUGUCUAGAUCUUCUGCAGGUACUCAUAACAAAACUAUCAUAAAAAUAGUGAAUGACAAAUCUGACGACGAUGACGAAGACGACGAUGUACGUGCUAAAGUACGCUCAAAAAAGAAAAAUCGCAUCGAAUCAAUGGAUGAUAGUGAUGAUGAAUCAACGACUUCUUCGAAAAAACGAAUUCGAUUGAAUCCAUUGAGAAAAAGACAACCGCAACCGAAGAAAGAUGAUACACGUGAAAGCGAACGUGGCCAUCGGCAGAGUACUCGAUCUACAAGAAGUUCCGACAGUGAGUUUGUUCGUGAAAGCUCAAGCAAACGCACCGUCAACAAUUCUGUCAACAAAGUGACUGAUAAAAUCUUGGAAGAUGCCGCGAAUGAUUCCCACAAUGAAUCGGAAAGAAGGAAAUCGGUGUCUGCAAGUUCGGUCGGCUCUUCGAUCAGAAGAUCAGCCACGAGAAAAAAACGUACGCACACGGAAUCGUCGAACGAAGAAGACGACAUGUCCAUUCUUCUCAAAUGGCGUCCUACGAACGGUGAAGCGCCGUCCGUUAAAAAGCCGAAGGUCACCACUACCGUGGCUCAAAUACACUCGGUCAUCAACGAGGAAAAUGAUUCCGAGGAUUUCGACAUCGAUGUAGUGAAUGUCGAUGGGCAAGGAUUGGCCAAGCUAUCCCUUCGAAACCCUAUCGCCGGUGACGAGGAGAACAUCAUAACGCAGGAAUCUGUGAAGCAACUUCAACGAGACCCACCCAUUGAUGAUAUUGUGAAGAAGUUCAUAGCUCAGAAACAGGAGGCGGUUGCCAACAAGUUGUGCGCCAUACCGAGCUCGUUGGGCUCGGCGGAUAUGUUCGAUACAAACGAUCAAAGCAUAAUACAGUCCAGCGUCCCAAGUGUCCGGAAAAAGUCUGUAGGUGGUCGGGCUAGUUCUUCGAACCGUUCGAGUCCUAGUGAUAAGGAAAACUUAGUGGUGAGCCAAGAGCCAGAUGUCACUGUAAUUGAUAAGCCGCAUUUUCAGAAAGCACAUACGAUUGAAGCAGAAAACUUGAAUAAAAGCAAUGAUGAUGAACCCUCGAGGAUCGAAAAAAUUCAGGAUUAUGUGAAUGGUAGUUUUGGAAAUAAUUUAAUGAACGAUGAAGAAAUUGUUAUGAAGUUGGAAAAGGAUAAAAUUGGAAUCGAUACGUCGAUUCCUGGGAGUCCUAAGACUCAAGAUAAAUUUGUUACACCACCAGGAAAGAAACAACCUUCUCAACUAGAUAGCGAAUUUGACACUGAAAACAUUGAUGCCACUCCUGUUGUGAGAAAAAGGAACCUAUUUAAUGUGCCAAUGAUAAAGCCAAAAAUUGAAUCAUCUCUUUCUUCACCUGAAAGCAAUCCAAAUGUCAUACCUGCUUUUACACCGAUGAGAAAUACAAGAUCGUACCCUCUGAAUCAUAGCACACCAAUGAAUAGAUUGAGUACAAUAAAAGAGGCUACUCUUGCCAAAAACGUAGUCAUAGCUUGCAGUGGCUUGUCAGUUGAUCAUAAUAAAUAUGUCUCUGAGUUCUUGAAGAGAUUCAAAGUUAAAUUCAAAUCUAAUUUCUCAAUUGACGUGACGCAUGUAGUGGUUAACACAAAUCCCGUAACUAAAUGUGGUCAGAAGACGAGUAAAUACGUUCAAGGCAUCGCGUUUAAAAAGUACGUUAUCAACAUCCAAUGGAUUAUAGACUGUUUAAGUCGGAAUACGUUGUUAGAUGAAAACGACGAAAUGUACGAGGUUUUAGAUCCAGAUACUCUUGAGAACGGAUCGAAAAGAUCUCGAGAUCAGCCUGCCAAUCUAUUUAAAGGCUUUGCUUUUUACUGCCUGGAGCCUUUCACCUCUUUGCCCGUCGAUGACUUUAAGAAAAUAUUACAAUUUAAUGGUGCGGUUGUCACUGAUUCUCCAAACGAGCUCUCGUUGCAAAAAGAUAAAAAUAGAGUUGUACUACUUGAAUCUGAAGAUUUAAAAAAAUCUCAAAUAGCUCUGCUCAAGAAAAAUACGGCGGCUAUUCUACUUUCGUUUGAGUGGGUGAUAGACAGCAUAAGUCAGUACUUCCUUUUGUCCAUUGUUCCAUACUUAUACGAAACAUCUGUUGACGAAGCUUUAGAGUCCGGAAUUUCAAAGGACUUGCUUGUCUUUGAAGACGCUGCAGAGGAAGAUAACGCGUAAACAGCAGUCAAUUGUUUUGACGUACAAUGUUAUUUAGUAUUAAGGCUUACUUUACUAUAUUUAUUGUUUUAUACAAGCAUUUGUAAUUUUGCUAAGUUUACAUAUGUUAACGUUUUACACAUCAUUAAGGACGUAAGAAUCAAAAGUAAACCACCGUCGUGUGUGUGAACUAUAUAUCUCGUCGUUGCUCGAACGGAAAGUGAUAUUUUUGAAUUUUUUUUAAGGAGCCUCUUUCCGACAAGAAAAUUGUUUGAAAGUAUUGGUAACAGAUUAAGCACAUAAACAGGACAUCAUAAACAUAUUGUGAUAUAUUUCUUGCGCGACAAGAGAGCACCAUCAGUUUGUUUCAUUUAUUUCACUAAAAUCAGCGAGAGAAAGAAAGAUAUUCAUGUUAAAGCGUAUUGUUAACAGAUUAUUUUUAACAAAGUAUAGUUGUGUGGAUAAAAAAAAGUACUACUACGUCUGCCAAACGCCUUUACAUGUAAAUAAACAAAUGUACACUUUUGCAAAUCACGUUCGUCUUCAAAAAACACACUCUGCAUAUUCAUUCUGCCCGACGUAAGGACACAUCGACGCGCCUAAAAUCCUACCACACGAUUCUCCAGCGCUAAUAUUGUUUCGUAAGGCUAGUUCAUUCAAAAUAGUAUUCUCCAUUGCGCACAAAACUUCAUCCUCGAGUUUUUCCCUUACUCCGUAACAUCGAAAGCAACUAUGCAAAAUUCAUGGGCACGGGCAUCAUUGAAAACAGGAAAAAUAUGUCGCGUGCCGCGGUAUUGACGUUUCAAGCGCACAAA